AUGUCUAAGCGGUAUCGCUAUCAAAAAAAUAAAUUCAUUAAACGUUCAUCUAAUACAGAUGAAAGUGGAAUGUUGAAAGAAAAUCAGGAUGAUCAUAAUUCUGAUGACAAAUUUGAAGAAACAAAUGAAAAAAUAAGAAGCACCCCUCGAGUGAUCAGAUAUCAACAAUAUGAAAAUAAUAGAGUUGAAGUUGAAGCUGCAAUGAAUGCAGAAAUUGAAUCUGAAAGUACCUGGGACGAACAAGCACCAGGUACACAACAAGUAAAUAAAGAUGAUGAGCAUGAAGAAAAUAUUCAAAUUGAAAAUUUAAAAAAGAAAAGAGAACCAUUAAACUUUGAAUAUGAUAUAGGUUCUGACCUAUAA